CGACACGGACUUCCGGGGAAAAUGGCGGCGCCCAGGAGACGCGUGGUUUAGCCUGAAGUGUACACAGGGAUGGCGGGGCUCACGCUUUUUGUCCGGGGCCUCCCGGAAAAUGCUACCAGCGAGCGGUUGGAGGAGAUCUUUGGGGAGAGUGGACCCCUCCGCCAGUGCUUCGUGGUUCGAGAAAAGGGGGCGGAAAAAUGUCGUGGUCUUGGCUAUGUCACGUUUUCUAUGUUGGAGGAUGCACAGAAAGCAAUGAAGGAAAUCAAGGAGUACGAUGGGAAGAAAAUUGAGGUGAUGGUGGCCAAGAAAAAGUUGCAUGAAAAAGAUAAAAAGGCUAAAGCGAAAGAUGCAACUGAGCAAGCAAAGCAAAGCAAGCCUAAAGAUGUCAAAGUGCCACCCAAGAAAGCCAGACUGAUCAUCCGGAACCUGAGCUUUAAGAGCUCUGAAGAAGAUCUCAAGACACAUUUUUCGACCUUUGGAUCUGUGAUGGAGGUCAACAUUCCAAAAAAGCCAGAUGGGAACAUGAGAGGGUUUGCCUUUGUGCAGUUUAAGAACAUGCUGGAAGCCAGCAAGGCUUUAAAAGGAACAAAUAUGAAGAGCAUAAAAGGACGAACUGUUGCUGUUGACUGGGCCGUUGCAAAGGAUAAAUACACAGCAACUCAGGGAGGAGCCAGUGAAACCAAGAAAAGUAGCGGGAAGUUGUCACAGACCGAAGCAUUAGCAGAUGCUGAAGAUUUAUCAGAUGACAAAGAUGACACUUCACUGAAAGAUGCAGACGAAGAGGAAGAAGAUGAUUUAAGUGAGGAUGAUAGCACUCAGAAAGAGGAGUCCGAAGAUGAGCAGGAAACUUCACAACAGAAAACUAAAGGCAGUAAAGUGCCUGUUAAGAAGUCUCAGACUACUAGAAACAAAGUGCUGGAGGAGGAGGAAAGCGAAGAUGAUCAGGAGAAGAGUAGUGAUGAUGAAGAUAAUGAGGACGAUGAUGAAUCUGCAGACUCUGGUCAGGACAGUGAUCUAGAAGAUGAAUCGGGAGAUUCUGACUCUGAGAGUGAAAAGAUAGAUAAAACUAAAGUGAAGAAAAAACAAUUGCCGUCAGAUGUCAAAGAGGGAAGAACAUUGUUCAUUAGGAAUCUGUCUUUUAACUCUGAAGAAGAAGACCUAGAAGAGUUGUUGCUGAAAUACGGAAGCAUUAAUUAUGUGCGGAUAGUGUUACACCCUGAUACAGAGCACUCUAAAGGCUGUGCCUUUGUGCAGUUUGUGGAUAAGGAGUCUGCGGAGAAAUGCCUGGCAGCUGCCAAGGACGACUCGGAGAAUGGAGGUUUAAAACUUGCUGGAAGGAAGCUGUUUAUGGACCUGGCCGUGAGUCGGGAGGAAGCUGGAAAGCUACGCCAAAAGAAAGUAAAGAAGCCUACAGGAACCAGAAACCUGUACCUAGCGAGGGAAGGAUUCAUUCGGGAAGGAACUAAACCCGCGGAAGGACUGAGUCCGGAAGAUUUGGCAAAAAGAGCUCGGUUUUUAGAGCUAAAACGACAAAAGUUGAAGAAUCAGAACAUUUUUGUCUCCAGGACUCGUCUGUGUGUUCACAACAUCCCAAAAUCGGUGGAUGACAAAAAAUUACGCCAGGUGUUUUUGAAUGCAGCCGGUGGGGGUCGCUCAGUAAAAAUCAAAGAGUGUCGUGUGAUGAGAGACCUGAAGGGCGUGGCAGGAAACAUUAAGGGUCAGUCUCUGGGCUAUGCCUUUCUGGAAUUUGCCGAACAUGAACAUGCACUGACAGCCCUGAGGCAGGUGAACAACAAUCCAGAUCUGUUUGGGCCAAAAAAGAGGCCAAUUGUGGAAUUCUCCUUGGAGGAUCUGAAUAAACUGAAGAUUAAGGAGAGAAGAGCACAACGCAGUCUAGAGGUCUUGAAACAGAAGCAGGCUAAAGAGCAAGCUGCUGAUGCCAGUGUGGCACAGCCUUCACAGACUAAUGCAAAAAAGAAACGGAAGAACAAGAAAGCCAACGCUCCACCAGUGCAGACUGUCCCGGAUAAAAAGAUAGGACCAAAUACUCAAAAGGGCACGGAGGCACAGAAAGCAGCAGCAACAGUGCAGGGAACAUCAAUUAAGUCUCAACCAACAGAUUUAGCUCCUCAGAAAGCAGUGAAAAGACCGCAUCCAGCUAAUGCUGCAGUUGUAAAAACGGAAGGAAACUUGGGGUUGAAUGCUAAGGCUCAGUGGUCAGGUUUCCAAACUAAGGAAGAAAUCGAGCACCAAGAGCUCCCAGAUGGCAAGAAGAGGAGGAAAGUUCUACCCCUGCCUUCUCAUACAGGUUCCAAGAUAAGGGCACGCGACAAGGGUAAAGUUCAACAGCUACCACCGAAGAAACCCAAAUUCCAGGAGCAGACCCGAAAGCAUCAAAGGCAGAUGUCCACACUAAAACAGGAACCUGCAAAGAAGAGGAAACCACAAAGAAGCCAGCAAGAGACUCGCUUCAAUCAGCUAGUAGAACAGUACAAGCGCAAGAUCCUUGGGAAGCCCAAUAGUACUGCUCCUGUGAAAAAAAGCAAGUGGUUCGAGGACUGAGUCUGACUGCUGUGGGGACAUCACAUCUAUACAUUGUUGUCCUUUGGAGUUCGAUGUAAAGACUUCAUAAGAACAUGAACAUCUAUGUGACAUCCUUAUUUAAUAAAAGAACGUUGAGUCUUUCCUUGCUGUACUCCUGACAUGGAGAGUUUCCAGCUAAGAACUUUUGGCAGAUGCCCCCGAUAUGCCACAAAGAUCUAGCCAGCGGGGUUGUGACUUCUGAGAAUCCCCACCAAUGUCACAACUGGAGGGCCCAGUAUCUGUCUUGAUGGAAAAGUGACCACACAUAAAAAAGUCUAUAGGGAAGAGAGGGAGAACAGUUUUUACAAUUUUUUUUCUAAAGAACCCCUAUUCUUGGGAUUUGUAAGGGUCCUGGCAGACUGACCUCCACAUGCCGGAUUUUUAUGGUACACUGACCCACAUUUACUAGGAUAAAAAUGCCACUUUUUGUUGUUGGCAUUGUUUGUGCCAAAAUUGUCGGUCACCUCAUUUUAGACAUAUAUUUUUUAUUCAGAUGUGCCAAAAAGAAUGACUUUUCCUCACAUCCUUGACAUUUCCUGGUUUUAAACUAGAAUGGGUUGGGUGAGGCCAGUUUUUGAUACAUUUAUGAAGCUGAAAUCAAUGAUUCUGAUGCAUAAAAGUGGUACAGAUAAGUUCUUAGUGGACAGAAUUUUGGUGUGUUGGGACACGUUUGGUUCAGGGACACAGAAUUUUGGCACAUUGGACAGGGUAUUUAGAAAUGUAUAGGCAUGAGCGAAGCCAACAAAUAGACUCUCUGGCCUAGUUUAUACGACCUAACGAUGAACCAAAUCUAUCAUCUAGCAUCAGCCAUCAUGAUAAAUCU